AUGGGCCCCUGUACCGCCUCCUUCAUGCUGCUGCCAGGCCCGUAAUCUGCCAUGGGCCCCCGUACCGCCUCCUCAUGCUGCUGCCAGGCCCGUAAUCUGCCAUGGGCCCCUGUACCGCCUCCUCAUGCUGCUGCCAGGUCCACAGUGUCUCAUGGGUCCCUGUUACGGCCUCCCAUUGCUGCUGUCUCCAUCGCCACACUCUGCCAUGUGCCACUUUCAGGUCUCUUCACACUGCUGGUGGGUUCCAUUUUUGUCAUAGGGUGCUGUAUGGCCUCCCAUUGCUGCUGCCUCCACCGCCACACUGUGGCUCCACACUCUGGUUUUGGCCCCGUGACUGCCCAAAUGAGUGAAGUGUGCGGUGAUUCUAAGAUCGACGGCACUCAUCUGCAUGUCAUACUGACUGACAGUAUUAUUUCUCUUCCCCAGCAGACUCCAAGGGCAUUUAAAUUAAAGGUACAGUGUUCUGCACUAAUAUGA